ACCGAGCGUCGUCCGGUAGUUUUACUUCGGAAUAUCCUGCAUAACAUUGGCGAUAUUUGUGCACGACGAACGCAAAUUCCUGAAAGGAGAGGUGCAAAAGCCCAGUGGGGAAAGUUUUCUGGAGAAAGAAAGCAUAUCAACAGUGACUGUGAUAUUCAACAUGAUGCUGCUCGCUUGUGCCAGUCUCGGAGUGGUUGCAUCGAUACUAGUGAUAAUAGGAUUGAGGCUGAAUAAACGCAUCUUUCUAGUACCGUGGAUUAUUGUGAUGAUUGCCGAUUUGCUGGUGGAGUGUGCCCAUUUUAUCUAUCUCAUUGUGAUACAGACGCUGCAGUUCGAGCCAGUUACGGCGAUGCUGUUCACAAUAGAUUUCUUCAUUAUGUGUCUUAAUAUAUAUUGCCUGCUGUGCGUAAUAUCGCAAUACCAGGAGUACAAAGCAGGACGAGGGGCAGCGGAAGCCGAUUCCUAUACUAGCGCCGUUCACAUUCAGUACAGUCCACCGGUUGCUACUUGUUUACCCCCCGGGAAAUCAAUACUCAGUCCGGUGAUGUGCCCCCAUACCAACUGCACGCUGAUACCGGAGGAGACCCAAAUCAACGGAGUGAUACUCGGAAGUACAACACAUAGGUCGCCUACGGUAUUCAGCAGAGAGAACUCCCUGUUGCUGAAAAAGCACGUCAAAUUCAAUUCUGCGGAGAAAACGAAGGUCUGCUGUAGUGGGGUCAUUCAUCCGGAGAGCGUGAAAGCGAAGGAUGGUGUGAAACCGAAUGGUCAUAUGGUGCAAAUCGAAACGCUUCCCGAGUACAACGAGGAAAUGCUUUCGUGGAAGGAGCAAAAAAUGAUCGCCAAGCAUUUUAAUCCACCGGAGAAGUAGGAGGAAAAACGGACUUCCCACCAACCCAGGACCCAACAUACGUACUCUGCUGCAGUAAUAAGGCGAGUUUGGUGCCACGUUCCUCCGAGAAACCAAUUAAAUCUCACUGUUUAGACACCAUGAAACACCGGCAUCAGCGCCAUCAUCACAUUUUUCUACAUCGUCUAGGAUUUAGCCAUAUCUAUGUAUGUACCGCAUCAAUUUGUUUCCUGGAAGAGAUGAUCCAUCGCGUUUUUGUGUGUUGUUAUGUGUGCGCAUUUGUACGGAAAUUUAAAUAUAGCUGUAUGGUCAUUGUUUAUCGAAGCAUCCCACCAGAACACAUUUUAAAUUUUGAACCUCUAAGUAAACUAUGUGCGUUAUAAUAACGUUGAAUGUCUUGUAUUAAAAGAUGGAAUUAACUAAGAUAUUUAAAAAAAAAAGGCGGAUUGACUGAUGGACUACCAAUUAACAUAGAAUCACUCUAGAAUUCAUCGAGAAAUCGAUAAUAAAAAAGAAAUCAUCUAUCUGAAAAGACUUCAAAGGUAUCAAUUUAUGAAUCAUUUUAUAGUGGAAUAUAAUAAACAUCUGAAUAGGGCCACCAGUGUCAAUAGAUUCUUGUUAAUCGAUAAUUGUGGAUGUGAUGCGCUUUAAUUUCCAAAAAAAAUCACAUCCGACGUAAAGAAUAAGGCGUGUCUGCGUGGUUUUAUGGUUGGUGUGUUUCGAAGAGGAUAAGAUAUCUGGAAAAUUUGGACUAGAACUAACCAUUGCUGCUUCAUAACAUCAUCAAACAUCUGUAUCCCAAAUAAAUACAAGAAUCUGCUUAAAUUGUCAAAAUUAGGCGACCUUCAUCACUAAGAGUACUGAUGGCAUCCACAAAUUGCAGCGCUAAUGAAAAAUACUUCUGUGACUUCCUUCAUCUUCUUUAAUUUACCACCUGGGAAUUUUCACAUUGCAACUGUGCGUUCAUUAAAUACAAUUCCGCACAGUAAGACUUCAGAACCUUUCGUGCAUUCGCUUAUUCGUUUACUGUGUGGCUAGCAGACUGUCUUGAAAAACAAUUCGACAUAAAUUUCUCAUACGCUUUAAGGUUUUAAACUCAUUGGCAAUAGACAAUUUGUAGAAAUGAAUCCGUGAUCCGUGCAACUCAAGUGUGUAGCUGUUGCAAUUUUUAAAAUAUCGCUUAUAAACGGAGUAAUCUUCAAUGUCGUAAACCCAUGUAUUGGCGCUAUAACAUUUAUUGAACGCAUAACAAAGUAGCAUGCUUGCUACCAUUUUCUCUAAAAUCUCACACAGUUUCCUAUUUUCAAACAAUAAGGCACGAUUUCUCCCCACAUUGGGUAAAACAGAAAUAAUGUAGCAAAUUCUUCCUCGAGAAGAGAUUUGUAACCCCCACUCCAAAGAAGUGAUGAUUAAUAUCUUUCCUUGGAGAGAUCACAGUGUAAAGACUUCAUUGAGCCAACUCGAUAGAAUGAAUCGCCUGCUUCGAGCGUAAUUACAGCGGCACACUAGGAGUUAACUUUCUGAAAUCAGUAUGGCGAAAAGCAUCUAAGGUUCGAUUUCUCAAAAUUAAGCACCUUCAUCGAAAAUAUAUUUGGUAGGCAUAGUAGCGGACACCUUCCUACAUAACCGGUACCAAAUAGUUUUUCAUGAAAAGUUCCUAAUUUUGAGAAAACUCGCAUUAGAUGUCUUUCGCCAUACAAAUUUCUGGCGGUUAACUCAUGCUGGCUAUUUGCGCAUAUACGAUAGCGCCUGGAUGUGGAAGCGGCGAGUAGAAAAUCAGCUACUGCCAAUAAUGAAUUGGUUUAAAAGUUUUAGCAGAUAGUUAACGUAUUUUUUGAAGUUAUCUAAAAGUGAAGGGGCAGGUGUUUGAAAAAAAAACCUAUAGCAACAUUUAUAGCGUUUCGUCAAAAAUGAUCAUUCAAAUUCUGGUAGACGACUAACUUCGACAAAUUAUGGUUUUUUUUCUGUAUGUGUGUAUUGAGGUAUCCCUAGCAGCACAAUUCUGGUUGAUUCAGUUGCAGCAACUGUAAUGUGACACAAUUUGGUCACAUACAAGUCACAGACACAUGUCUAUAACAAGUGUGUUACUCGGGAUUUAACAGUCAACAUUAAACUACAUUCAACUCGUAGAAAACAAUACGCGUGAUUGAAGAUCAAAUAUAAUGUUAAUGAUUGCAAACUUAUUACAUGAACUUAUUGCAAACAACGCUUUUUACAAAUUUUCAAAAAGGCUAAGGUUUCAAAUACGCAUCCUACGACACUGGUAGCCCUAGACGAAAUAACACAAGUUCACCUUAAAAAUCAAAGACCAUCCGACAUUACCCGAACUUAUAAAUAUAGAAAUAGAUAGUGUUAAGUAUCAAGCUGCGUCAACGGAAUAUCCCUUCCACCUUGGAGCAUGCCAGAGCCUCUCUGGGCCGAGUGCCACUCGAGAGCAGCGCCUUAUUUUAUACAAGUGGCCAGCGGAUAAUGAUGCCCAACGAAGGACCAAAAGGCAUUCCUUAUUUAGCACUUUUGUAUCGCCAAAGUCAAGGCAAAGAUGAAACGAACCGUUGACGUUCUCAUCGUCGUUGCAACGAGAGUGCGGAUUUUUUUCUCAAUACACAAGGCUAGGUGUAGUUGGUACAAGUUAGUGGGAAGCAGCAACAAAGAUGCUGGAGAUCAAGUUUAUGAGUGCCGUUUUAUUACCGAGGGCGCCUUAGGCAGGGAAAGGCCUUUAAACAGUGUACAUAAAGGGGGGAAAUCUGUUAAUGAGUAAUGCGGAAGCAUAAUUAAUUGGGUGAAAAUAAAUUAUCGGUCAGUGUAACUGAAGGCAUAAUGACAAACAAGAAAAUAAUACUCACUACAGAUGGAUGGUCAGGUAAAAAGCAUAAGAGAAAUUUACUUCCGGAACAUGGUUCUCAAUUAUUAAAUCAUUCAAACAAUGUUUUACCUAUCAAUUUUUGAUAAGAACUGGAAAUACAUUCGAAAGGAAGUUGUAUAUUUGUAAACUACAUGUUCUAUUGUUUAAUCAAAAUUAUGAUCGCAGCAGUAAGUAAAUCGCACAUAUAUUGUCAUGAAAAGGACUGGAUCCCGGAUGACGUGUGUUUCAAAAAGGCCAAAGUAAACAACAGCACGAUAUAAAAAUCAAUUUUAAAUGUGUGAUACCAAACUAAUUAACGAAAGGCGAGCAAUUGUGACAGUAGAAAUCAAAAUAUAUUUGUAGUUCACCGACAUA